AUGUCUGUCCUGGGUCCAAAGCUUGGCUGCACGUUCAUUGGCAUGCUCUUCACUGCAUUACUAUACGGAUGUACUGCGGCUCAGAUGAUGUACUAUUUCUGCCAUUAUCAUACUGAUCACAGAUAUUUGAAGCUAAUGGUCACCAUUCUAUGGAUCCUGGAUACUUCGAAAGUCGGCGUAGAUAUGCAGAUUUUGUAUUACACGCUGGUGCGGGAGCACGGCAACCCAUUCGGCCUCACGAGUCCAAAGUCAUUCGCAGCUCAACACGUCCUUUCGGGGAUAUCCACAUGCAUUGUCCAAGGCUUCUACAUACGUACCAUCUGGUUCCUCCUACCCGUUCGCAGGAGGAUCGUAUGGGUCUUAUACACCUUGCUCACUGCCACGUUAUGUCUCACGGCACUUGCAGGUAGCAUUGUCGUUGCAUACGGAACAUAUGAAUACUCAAACGUCGACUGGUCCAUAGCUCAUUUGAGUGAGAAGGCUGGAGGACUCCUCCAAGGUUGGGCAUCGUGGGUAGCUGACAUUUGCAUAUCUGUCGCGCUAUGCUACUUGUUGCACGAGUCAAAGGAACGAAGCAAGAUUCCCUCUUCCCAGAACAUGAUCUCGAAGCUGCUGGUCUACGCGGUCAAUCGCGGCAUCAUAUUAUGCGUUUUGUGGACCUUGCAACUUAUCACCUAUGCCAAAGAUUUGACCGGCGACACCGUCAUUUCGGUACUGAUCUACUUUCCGUCAAGUACUUUGUACAUCAACUCAGCGAUGGCAAUGCUGAACGCACGAGCUCAGUUGAGAGAGCAUUACGAUUCAGGAAGUGGACACGCCAUCCCGCUCGAUAUUCUGUCGACUUGAGCCGUAUGUUCGAGUAAAUAUGUGGGAAUCAUCUAAGAUGGCAAUGUUGAUAGCUCUCGCAGGCUGGAGGAGAACGUUGUCGAAGUCUUGAGCUACCCCUUAUCGGAUCAGAGUUGUGGGAGGCACAACUUAUGUGAGAAUUCAUUGAUAGUCGUCUCGAGUUGUCCACGACAUUCUAGCGGCAUUCUGUAACAUUGUC